AAAAAGUUACGUCCAGUUUGUUUCUACGUAGUAGUGGCGUGAGGCAGUGUGACGCUGUGUCAGUAUCGGCAGUCGAGGGAGGCUUAAAGAGACAUCUUAGCAACUGGAGGACAAGAGGGGGGAAAAAAACAAAACAAAAAAAACCCCGAUUCACACGUUCGGAGAGCCAUGACUUCGACUGCCCGUCGAUAGCUUAAGUCUAAAGGCAUCAAGGGGACAUCAAACCUAUUCCUGUUACCUAUUCAUCUCAUCGCUGUUUGCUCCUAGGGUUGCUCGGUGCCCUGGCCCUACAACAUGGAUAGGAUCCACCGUAUCACUGAGGGCUGACCACAAGGGAUGAGGAACCCCAAGGGAUGUUCCCAAGUGGCCUUGUGGAUGCAAUAGCUGGCUUUGGGAGCACUUUUUAUGAUUUGUACUGUAUGUGUCUGCGUGUGGGCACAUUCUAGCACCGCCUGCCUAGUCUCCUGCGGGGACCAUAAUCCUGUUCGACUGGAGCUGCAGUGACGAAGAAUCAAGAAGACAAAACGGAAGGACGCAGCUUUAGAUACACAUACUUUUUUUUUUUUGUCACCACAGUUUUAACAGCAACACAUUUCCUCUGUCCUUUGAGAUUUGCUGCCCCCCUUCCUAAAGCUUCCCCUGCCAUUGUUACUGGAUCUCCUAUGGUUUGCAUGGCUGGAGAAUAACCGUGGAGAGGCCAGGGUAUCACAAGCUUAUGGAUUUUGACAAGAGAGGGGGCAAGGGAGAGACAGAGGAAGCGAAAAAAAUGUCUAAGACGGCAGGUGGCAGGACUGGACAUGCGGGUCGGAGUUCUGGUACCAAUUCUGGAGUUCUCAUGGUUGGGCCAAACUUCCGUGUUGGUAAAAAGAUUGGCUGCGGGAACUUUGGAGAGCUGCGCCUUGGAAAAAAUCUGUAUACCAACGAAUAUGUGGCCAUCAAAUUGGAGCCAAUUAAAUCGAGGGCACCACAACUCCAUUUGGAGUAUAGAUUUUACAAACAGUUGGGGAAUUCAGAGGGAAUUCCACAAGUGUACUACUUUGGUCCUUGCGGAAAAUACAACGCUAUGGUGUUAGAGCUGCUUGGGCCCAGUCUAGAAGACCUGUUUGAUCUUUGUGACCGGACCUUCUCCCUCAAGACCGUCCUGAUGAUAGCCAUACAGCUGAUAACACGGAUGGAGUAUGUCCACACAAAGAGUCUGAUAUACAGAGAUGUGAAGCCGGAAAACUUCCUAGUUGGGCGACCAGGAAGCAAAAGACAGCACACAAUUCACAUCAUCGAUUUUGGUCUGGCCAAAGAGUACAUAGACCCCGAGACCAAAAAACACAUCCCAUACCGGGAGCACAAGAGUCUGACUGGAACGGCACGCUACAUGAGCAUCAACACACACCUGGGAAAAGAACAAAGUAGGCGAGAUGAUUUGGAAGCUUUGGGUCACAUGUUCAUGUACUUCCUUCGAGGUAGCCUCCCAUGGCAGGGCUUAAAGGCGGAAACUUUAAAGGAGAGGUAUCAAAAAAUUGGGGACACCAAACGAGCGACCCCGAUCGAAGUGCUAUGUGAAAGCUUCCCUGAAGAGAUGGCCACCUACCUGCGAUAUGUGAGGAGGCUGGACUUCUUUGAGAAGCCUGACUAUGACUACUUGCGGAAGCUCUUCACUGAUCUGUUUGACAGAAACGGCUACGUCUUUGACUAUGAAUAUGACUGGGUUGGCAAAUCCCUGCCCACACCAAUUGGCCCUAUCCCUAGUGAUGCUCCCCUGCAGCCCAGCAGCAGGGAAAAAGCACAACAGCAGACCAAAAACCAGUCACCUGAGCCAAAAGGAAGCGAGUCUCAGCCCACCCCCGUGACCAAUAAGGAGACUUUGGGGUCGCACCUCACGGCUGAGCGGCUGGGGGGCUCUGUUCAGGUGAUGAGCUCAACAAACGGUGAGCUGAACACUGAUGACCCCACAGCUGGACACUCCAACGCGCCCAUCACUGCUCCCACCGAGGUUGAAGUGGCCGAUGAAACCAAGUGCUGUUGUUUCUUCAAAAGGAGAAAGAGGAAAGCCCUCCAGAGGCACAAGUGAAUGACGCCAUUGGAGAGAACUUGAAACCUUGUUGUCACUGUCAAGUUUUAAACGGAAGCAACUACACAAGACCCCCUCCUUGUUCUUUCUCUGCCCAGCUUCCUUGCCUCUUACCUCUUUGCCGCCCCCCCUCCCCUCCCCUCCCCACUUCACCUCAUCCUCCACUCCCCUACCACCAACCCAGCCCCCGCUUCUAUCUUUCUCGUUCUCAGUGCUCCCCGGCUGCUGGCGUGUUAAAGGAAUGUUGCAGUCGUACUGACUCACAACAGACUCUGAUUCCUUUAUCAGCAGAAAAAAACUUACCUGCAUUACAAGGAGGGAGGGGUUGCUGGGGGGUGGGGUGGGGGGUUCUCGAGAAAACGUUUAAAAAAAGCUGUAACAAUGAAACUGUGGCGUGAAUAUGAAAAAAGAUACUGUUUGAAACAGUUGUUGUAUUCUAGAUUCCAUAAAGAAGGUUUGUUGUUCCAACAGUGAGCUGUCGAUCAGGGGGAACCAUCAGAAUUCUGCUCCGUUAAGAAAUUGUUUAUUGCUUUUGUUUUCUUUCUUUGGUGUGUGUUUUGGGAUCAAAGUAAAGAGGAAAGGUGAAAAUAUGAUACGACACAGGAAAGCUUUUCAUGUGUAACAGAAUUUGGAGGAUUUUUAUGUUUUUUUUUUCUCUCUUUUUUUGUAAUUGAAUCCUCAGUUUUCAAAGUGAAAUCCCUGCAUUGAAGACUUAUUUUCAUCUGUUAGUGUUCUGGAGUUUCUUUUCCUUCCUCUGGCUUUUUUUUUUUUUUUUUGUCUGUCAACGUGGACUUUGUAGCACAGUCACUGGCCUCAGGUACUGUGGAAGAUUUGAGAGAAACAGAUAUGAAGCUCUCUUGCUAUUAUUGCACUUUUGGAAACAAACAAAAAAAAAACAA